UGACAUCAUUACUUUAGAAGGCUAGUCAGUGAGAUGGCGGGUUAUAACGUGAUCGCAUUUCAUUAAAAUGGUUAAACGUGCUAGUCUUCCCCAACCAACAUGGCGACAAUUUUCUACCACCACCAAGAUGGCGGAUAGUCACAUGACUCUAAACGGGAAAAUGGAGGAAGCCUGUUCUCCGGUACUUUUUGUAGUCAGUGGAAUACCCCACACGUUCCGUUCCUCUCAUAUGCGACAUUAUUUCAGUCAGUUUACAGAAAGCGAUGGCUUCGUGUGUUUUCACUAUCGUCACCGACCGGAGCGGAGGGGACCGGAGGCUGAGAAAUGUACCACCUGCUGCUGUCCGGUUACAGUCAGGCCGGAGAGGGCAGAGAGCUUCAUGAGGAUGUAUCAUGGGAUGCCAUGGGUGGACCCAGCGGGAAAUCAAGUACCCGGGAGGUGCCUUAUCCACAGAGUGCGGGAUACUCCAGACGAGGACCCCCAGGACUUCCCCUACAAGACUCGACGUGAAUUGUUGGGACCCCGAUGUUCUGUGGACGCAGAGAAGCAUGUAACAUCGGCAGAGCUGCUCAGAAUGCCAGAGCUUAAUCCUCCUGCGCUCAUGCCACAAGGAAAUGUUGGUACCCCCGUAGGUGUAUUCUUGCAGCUAAUUCGAUCGUGCCGCUUGCCACCUAAGCUCAUAACGCGACUGGGUCUGAAGUUUCGUCGUUCAGUGCGGCGUUACAGCAGUGUUCCCUAUGUUUAUACUGGAACAGAGACCUCUGAAAAAGAGGAGGGUGUCUACACUGCUAAUGGACAUGAGAUCAGUGAAGGAGGCAGACUUGGAUCAAAUGUGUCUGAAUCGGACCUUCCUCAAGAAGAGAAUGACACUGAGGAGAAGUCCCACUCUGAAGAUGAUAACGAUACUUGCGAAGAGUGGGAGCGACAUGAAGCCUUACAUGAAGAUGUCACUUCACAAGAGCGGUCAAAAGAACGGCUGUAUGAGGAAGAAAUUGAGCUAAAAUGGGAGAAGGGUGGAUCAGGACUGGUGUUCUACACAGAUGCCCAGCUAUGGCAGGAGCAGGAGGGUGAUUUUGAUGAACAGACGGCUGAUGAUUGGGAUGUGGACAUGAGUGAGUAUUAUGAGCCUGGUACUGGAGAUAAGGAUGCCAAAGAUUUUAUGAAGAUGCGAGUUGAGACAAGAAGGCGAGAAGGACUGGACACAGCUGGGCAGAGACUUGAUCUGGGUGGCUUUGAACGGUAUACAAAGGGAGUUGGGCGAAAGUUAAUGGAGCGUCAAGGCUGGACUGAUGGAGAAGGACUCGGUUCAAGUGGAGCAGGAAUGCCAGAGGCAUUGGAGAAUGAAGGACAGCAUCCAAAAUGCAAAUAUGGCUUUGGGUAUCACGGGGAAAAACUGUCAACUUUCUGUCCAAAACAGAAGAAACCAAGGCAUUACAUCUCCACAGUGUAUGAUGAGCCACAAGAAGAAGACAUGGGGGACACAUUAUUGCGUCGCCAACCUUCUGCAACCCUGAAACACCGGAACAAUCGGAUGAGUGCUGGACAAUGAGUGCUAUUUGGUUAACAGCAGCUAUAUAAAUUGCUCACCACCAAAGUUCUGAUGUCCUCAGAACAAUCCAUGUAGAUCGUGGGAGGUUGGCAGCGCUCACCUUAUGAAUACAAGGGACUCAUAUUGUCAUGAGUUCGCUGUUCUCUAUCUUUGCUGCUAUUUUAAAGAGGAUCUAUGAACUCUCCUGACAUCCUUACAAUUCUGGACCAUCUACUGUAUUCCUACAGGAAGUGUGCAUUCUAGAGUUCUGUUACUCCGUGAGACCUAUGAAGACAUUGACAACUACAUGUUACCAUGUGUAUGGACACACCCCUUUGACUAGGCAAAUGGGAACACCCUGUCAAUUCAUUUCUAGUUUUCUAGGAGGGAUAACAGAGGACUGAAACAACACCGAGUUAUUGGAAAAGAUGCCCAGGAUUUUUGCUUAAAGUGGACCUUUCAUGGGUCCAGACUUUAUUAACGAAGUGUCAGAGUAUGUA